AUGACAGGUAGGAAAAAAAGGCGGACUUACUGCAUUCCCGUAGCAUCUCCAUCAGGACAGGGUCUCUGCAGAAACCGCAGAGGCUAUCGGGAGCCCGGGGAGGAGACUACCCCGGCCGCAGGGACUGUCGGGAGGCCGGGGAGGAGACUACCCUGGUCGCAGGGACUGUCGGGAGCUCAGGAGUAUACUACCCCCGCUGCAGGGGUUGUCGGGACCAGGGUUCUGAUCCAGCAGGAAAAGAGAAAGCAAAAGGAAUAUUUUGAAAAGAAAAAGUUAAAAUCAAAAAUGAAAUUGCUGGGAGUUUUAUCCCCUGUCAAAAAUUCCACUGUCAGUUUAGACCUCCUUAACCUAUAUGUGGUAAAUCAGAUCUCUUGCCAGAAGAAAACACCUGAAACUGAGAGAAAACCAAUCCAUGUGAAUAUGAAGAGAGACAUAAGAAUGCCCCUAAGAAAGCAUGAUUUAGAACUUCCAAUGUCGCCUCCUCGUGUACCAUCUAACCUCUGCAUUGAUGAUAUAGAAAACAAUAUAUACUACCAAAGACUAGGCAGCAAGGAAGAACUUAACCGUGUUCAGUCAUCACAAGCCGUGGAUUCAUGCAGAAUGUUCAAACCUCGGUUCAACAGAACAGAAAACUACAGUUUCACUCCACCAUCUUUUUCAGCAGAAUUAUCUUCUAACAGACAUAUUACAAAACAAAAUUUCAUUCCCAGAAUUGCACUGAGUCCUCAGAGGGUUGCAUAUGAAAAAAAGCAGAAUGUGCAGAUCAGUAAUGUUAAUUAUUCCAAUUCCUUGGUUUCCAAAUUAAAUGAAAGUCAAGAUGCUUUCAGUCCAUCAUAUAAAAGAGCAGAAUUUGGAACGAUCGAAAGAUUAAACAGUCCAGAAAAUAGGAAUUUCCUCACUGGAAGACCUGAUGUGGUUAUGAGCGAAGAUUGUGGAAACAUUGAUGAGAGAAGACAGUUGGACCUCAUUACUGAAAACCAAUCUGUAGAACAUAUUUGGGGAGAAAAUAGAAAAGAGGUUUCAAAUUUUCUUGAAGAUGUGAACCAGCUAACCCCCAACCUUCUACCAGAGAAAACUGACUCUUUUAUUCAUAAAAAUAUGAUCAAUUUAUUAAGCACAGAUCAACAGAGGAUAAAGGACACCUUUGACAAGUGUGGCUAUGAAAGUAUGAGAGAGAUUUGUGCAGUCACUAGUUCUGAUAGAAACCAUCCUGCUGGUAGAUACAUUAGAAGUAUUUUUACAGAUCCAGAGUUGACUUUUGGUAAUUCUAAUUUUAAUAAAACAAGUUAUCCAGAAAAGUGUUACCCAAACAAAAACUAUCUGAAAGAGUACAACAAUCAUGAAAGCUAUAAUCUUAGUACAAAUUUUGAGAAGGAUUGUUAUCCAGCCAGCUCUGAAAAAGGAGGAAAAUUUGAAAGUGAUUACCAACAGAAUACACCACAGAGAGAAAUCCAGAAAUACCCAGUGAACCAUAUGGGUACUGUCCCUUUGGGAGAAUUACAUUCUAAGCAGUCAUGGAACUUUGGACUUGGCGAGAGUCUGAUGGAAGAAGGAGGAAAAUGUUCUACAAGGAAACUCUGUCAGUGUAACAAUUGUUAUUCUUCACAAAGUAGUCAGUCUGCCAGUUACUCUCCAAGGCCAACAGAGAGUUGUUUCAGCUCUAGUUCAGAGAUGCUAUCUGAAGAUGAAGAUCAAAUAUUGCAGCAGAUUGAAGAUUCAAGGAGAUCCAUCGAAACUGAAACAACUAAUAAUUUUUAUUCAGAAAGGAUGGCAAAACUUCCACGUGAUAGGAUUAUUAAAGACAAUGGCAAAAUUCAUAAAAAAAAUGAGAAUCCCCCCCAGUUCUCAAUGAAAAAUAAUACAGAUCAGCUUGCCCAACCUCAGUGUAAUUCAACACACGUAUUACAAAACACAACCAGUAAUAACUGCAUUCUGCAGGUUGUAAGGUGUGAUGCAUGGGUACAAACAGAGAGGGACCCUGAACCUGUAAUGGAAAAGAAAAUAGAUGCUGCCAUACAGUGUGACAUAAUUUCAGAAUGUAACUGUAGAAGUGAUGUGUCUUUUCUUUGUAAUGUUGAAAGGUACAGUGAAAAUAUUAAGGCAGGUACCACUGGAGGGCAGGAAAUCCUUAAGAAUAACUAA